AUGCAUAUUUCUCUACCCCCUGCAGUUGUCCAGGCACAUAUCCCAACCGCCUCGCAACCCAGGGAUUUUGAUCUCUUCCAGCGGAGCUGUGUGUCCGUGUUGUCGAAGCUCACUCGACUCACCCUACAGCAGAUCCAAGGAGGAGGUGAUGGUGUUGCUAAAACGACGAGGGCGUUGUUGGAUCUGUAUGACGUGGAUGGGCUAGAACCUUGGCUGGGGGCGACAGGAAGGCAGGCGACAGAGGUUUGGUUUGAGGCUUUUGUGAGAGGGGAGUAUGAUCAGGCGUGGCUCGUUGGGUCUACCGUCCUCGAGCAAUUGAUCGUCAAUAUUAUUUAUACGUUGCAGGGACCGGACAAGUUCAUCCCAUUCUUGGUGCGGGAUCUAGUCGCUGUGCCCUGUCUCGCCAAACCUGUCGAUCGCACCCUGAUCCGGGUGAUAAAGACUUUGAUGGGAUCGCCAUUAACACUCAACAUCCGGAACCUACUCUGGCAUGGAUUUAUUACACCAAGGGAUCAAAUACCUUUGGAUGCCUAUGGAGCCAUGCUGAUCGUGACAACCAUGUCGAUUGCUGUGGGGGUCCGACAGAAACUGGCAACAGGGUUGCAGAUUCGACAUGGAGGAGUUGGAGUACCCAGGACCAGUUAUUAUUUUCAGCAGGAAGCGGAGACAGGACUGGAUGGAUUUGAUGCGAUGUAUGAGCGAGUGGCUUUCAGGGGUGGGAAGUUGCCGUUGCUAAUAUCGGAUUCGUCAGGAAAUGGAGAAAUUGCAAGACAGGAUCAGGAUUGGGAUCAAGUGAGGUUGGUGCUGGAGGCGGUUGUGCGCGAGAGUUCGUUUGUGACGAUUGGAACUGUUGAACAGUGGAUCUCUGCUCUGCGACAUCUGAAGCCGGCUACCAUAGGAGCAGCAACAGCAGGACAGAGAUCGUCGUUCAUGUUUGUGAUGGCGAGUCUGCCACUUCUGGAACAUGGGCUGCGGUUGAUAUAUGUGCGUGCGAAUAGGUGCAAACAGGAUCGGACGUGUGCACUUGUUGCCGGAGAGUAUUACUUGACACUGGAUGUGAUCCUGGAAGAAUUCGUCCCUGCAGAGUAUUUUGAAUCUGAUGCGGAGGCUUUGAAGGAGUACUCGCCGGACGCGAUCCCGAAUCGGCUGUUUUCUGAACUUGGGCCUCAAGCCACGAACUUGCUGCAGGAUCUGUUCUUGGCGGCGCUAGGACCCCGACUUCGGGACAGGACGAGCCAUGGAGAGAACAACGUAUACUUCACAGCCGACAUCAGGAGUGAACCGUGGUUCGGCUAUUACCUUGGGGUGGUUGUCUUCCUUUUGACGCUGGAUUUGACAGCUGUUCCUGGGAAGUGUGAGGCUGUGGCGGAGGAGACUCGGGAAUGGAUGCGGAUGUAUACUGAACGGCGGUUUGAUGAGUGGUCGGCGAUCAGGAAGGAGACUGCUCGUGCGUUUUGUGUACUUUUGGAGUACCCCGGUGCCGUUCUGCAGGAUACAGAGAGCAAGGAGGGUGAAGCAGAGGCUGGGGUUGUUGGUGAUGACAUUACCGAGGGGUUUGCUGCUACCGUGGAAACGAACGAGAAGACAGAGUGGAUCAUUUUGCGAUUGAAGCCCAAGUUGUCAGUCGUGUUCUCGAGCGAGGCAAAUUUUGACAAGGCAGAUGUGAACCUUUUUACUGUUCAGGACCGGAUCCGGAUAUGUCUUUCUGCCUGGGCAACUCGAACCAACCCCAUCGCACAACUACCGCCGCUCAACAACAAUAUCAAUAACGAGGAAGGGGAUAUACAAGGAAUGGCGAGUAACAUGCAAGCAUGGAUCCUGAUUGUGCAGAGUAUCCAAGCAGCGGCCGAAAAAGUGACGACCAAAAUGAGGACCUUUUUGGAGUUACAGAGGCAACGGCAGUUAUCGUCGCGGUCGAGGAAGCAGUUGGAGGCUAUGAGACCGUUGGUCCCCGGAUGGUUGGGGAUGUUGGCCGGGUGUUUGGCGUUGGUUGAGCAUUUUGUUCUUCUUGCUGAGGAUGUUGAUAUGAAUGUGGGUGUGCCGUCUGACAGGAAGGAGAAGGGGGUCCAAGGGAGCGACACGCUUGACAAGGCCAAUGACAGCAACAAUAUUAAGAACAAUAAGAAGGACGUCGAGAAGGGUGGAGAGGAGAAGGUGGCAGGUUCGGUGGGGGACAAGUCGUCGGCGGCGGAGAUUCGGUUGCGGCUUGCGAUGGUGAACUUUUUGAACAAGUUUGUGUCGAAUUUUGAGCGGGUCAAGCUGCCGAUGAUUGAGGCUGCCUGGCUGGAUCUUGUCAAGUCUGUCAAUCCUGUUCUCACUCUUUGA